AUAACUGUGAACCUUCUGAAUUUUCAUUUUCGAUUCGAUGUUUCAUUCCUUCUUCUUCCUCAUCUUCCUCCUCUUCCCGCCAAAACUACUUCUCGCCAGAAUCAUCCCGUCAACAGCUCUCGAAGAACAACAACACCGGCGCACGAUCUUCACGAGAUUUCUCGGUACCGGCCGGGGUACCGAAAUCACUGGAUUAUCCGAUCUCAAAAAGUACUUCAAUCGGUUCGGAUAUUUGGCGCCGCCGCGGAACCGGUCCGAGAGUUUCACCGAUCAAUUCGACAGACGAUUCGAGCUAGCAGUUGUAACUUACCAGAAAACUCUCGGACUUCCGAUCUCCGGUAAGCUUGAUUCCGAUACACUGAAUGAGAUUUCGUCACCGAGGUGUGGCGUGCCGGAAUUUCCAGCGUUGCACGCUAGGGCAACAACGAAGAGAUUCGAUUACUUUACCAGUCAACCUAUGUGGACGCGUGGCAUCCCUAUGACAUUGACGUACGCUUUUUCAUCUCAAAACAUGAUUAAUUCCCCUGCCUUGAAUGAUAUCAGGAGAGUGUUCAAACGUGCGUUUAAUCGGUGGUCGGUUGUGAUCCCUGCAAACUUCACCGAAACAGAAGACUAUGACUUCGCCGACGUUAAGAUCGGUUUCUACAACGGCGAUCACGGCGACGGGGAACCGUUUGACGGAAUCCUUGGAGUGCUUGCACAUGCUUUUUCGCCAGAGGUCGGUAAGCUCCACCUGGACGCGGCGGAGAUUUGGGCGAUUGAUUUCUCAUCGGAGAAAUCAGAUUCGGCGGUUGACUUGGAAUCUGUAGCGACUCAUGAGAUAGGACAUCUACUUGGAUUAGCUCAUACGUCUGUGAAAGGGGCGGUUAUGUAUCCAAGCUUAAAACCUCGAGAGAGAAAGCUGGAAUUGAAGAUGGAUGACAUUAAAGGUAUUCAAGCUUUAUACGGUUCUAACCCUAAUUUCAAGUUAACCGCAUCUUUGCAAUCUGAUAUUUCUUCUAGUAGUAGAGCUGUUAAUUCAAUGGUUAAAUCAUCGAUGAUCAAGUUGAUGACGAUGUCUAUAAUCACCAUAUUAUUAUUAUUUUUAGUCAUGUGAUUAGAAUUAUACCAAACUUAUUUUGUUUCAUCUUCAAUAUUAUUAGG